AUGUCUUACACCGGCUCUUACUACGAUCCGGAGGACCCAAAGGGCAAGCGCAGAAAGUCUAGAACCUCCGACUACCAAAGCUCGGAUGCUGGAACAGUCCGGCCUGGAGGCAGUCCUUAUACGCCCGAACCCGAGAGCUCAGAAGAAACCGGGCUCAGCAGCUCCAACUUGUACGAUGCCAGCAGUUCGGAUGAAUUUGAGCGGACGACAAGGGAGACCAGGGAGACAAGCGCCGACGGCGCCACCCCAGAAGCCGCACGCCAGCCUCAGCCUACGCGUAAUCCGCUUAAGAACUUUCUUAACGAUUAUCUCGGCAACCCGGCAACACCAACCGCAGAAAAGGUGUCAAUGGUUACUGAUCUGAUGGAAGGCACGGCGGCUGCAGACACCAUCGCGCAGGCAGUAGGUCAGAUAACCGAUCACAACGAGGUGGUGAACACUUAUCAACAGGAGAAUGCCAAACUCCAGGCAACACUCGCCCGAUUGAGAAAGGAGAACGGGUUGGAUGGACUAACCGCAGACGGAGAUCCCACCAGACAGAAGCAGCUCGAGAUGAUUGAGAAACUACAAAAGGAAGAGCGGGCGUUACGGAAAGAACUGGCAAAGGAGAAAGCCACCGUCGCCGGCUUGAACGUCACCCUCGAUUACGCAGGCAACGUCGUGGGUGACUAUCGGGGUAAGAUGGUCGACUACGAGCAAAAGUCCAAGAAUUGGAUCAAGAGCCUCGAGACCUACAUUGGAACACUAACCCUCGAGAACGUCAACCUGAAGAACCAAGUCGAGGAGAUCAAAAACUUUGUCGUUUCUGUCCGUAACACCGACACUAGCAGGUGGCAAAAUAUGUUGAAGGAGGAACAAGACGUCAAGGAGAGACAAAGACGGGCGGAAUCUGGUGAAAGACUGACAUAUGGAACUAUCGAUAGGGAAAUGCAAGAUGUCAAUGGCGGGGACAUCAACAUGCCAGAUGUGCCCGAGCCGUAUAUCCCCCCGGCCGCGACGCGUGUUCGACGCCGUCUCGCCAACGUCAAGCCCCAAGCCAAGCGAGCAGGCUCGCCAGAGGUACAGAUCGCGCGGCCUCCAGAGUGCAGAUCGAGGAUGGCCCGCGCUUGCGAGGCGUACUUGAAACUCGUCGAUAAAGAAGGUAAGGUGAUCAGCCCUGUGAGACCACCCAAGCAAAAUGUAGCAAAAGUCCUGCCGCGUAAGCGUACGCGGCUGGCAAAAGGAACUGAUAUGGUUAGGAGAGUCGAGGCAGUCGCACAAGCAACGAGGUUGCCGCCCCUGCCCAAGCGGAUCGGGCCCUGGUACUCGACCAACCCGUACGACAGGCGCAAUGACGAACUACUGGCGAAGAUGAUGGCGAAGAUCACCUUCACAAGAGAUGAGCACGAGGAUCGAGGAAUUCAGACCGAACUCGACCUUGGGUCAAAGCUUGUUAGCUACUACAGACCCGUGGAGCAGAUCGAGGGCUACAUUCCCAGAGUGAAAGUCUACUCAGGCCCUUCCUAUCUCCCUCCACAACCCACUCCGCUCUCGAGAGACCAGCGCGCGCGAUGGGCAAUGAUCGCAGACAAAUGGACCCUCGGACCCGAACGAGCGCCCAAGAAACAGGUGAGAUUCGCAAAGGACGUCGACUUUGAGCCCAGACACAUGGACCAGCGCCCCGCACCCGAAAGGAAAGAACCCCAGACCUCCCGAUUCCGCAUCAACUGGGCUCACAUGCUAAUCAUCCUUCUCACGUUCCUGCUCUGGUGGUCGAAUCUGGGCUCGCCCGAGGACCCGAAGCAGACGUGGAAGAUGGCCAACAGGAAGCCCGACGAGUUUGCGGCCAAGUUGAGGAAUACGCAUGAGAUGGAUAGUAGGGCAGUGAAGAUUAUUGAAUUCGAGGUUGGGAGGUUUAGUGAUAUUGAUCCGGGAGUUAUUGGGUGA